AAAAUAAUUACGAUCUACAAAUAUUCCUAGUUUUUUUCAAAGAUAUCCAACAUUUUUACAUGCGAUCAACACCGAUUCGAAAACUGAGGAAACAACAACUAUGUCGUAAAUCUAACUUCGACAACGAAAGUCAGAAGAAUAACUGUAACAUCUAUUUUUUUUUUAUACUCCAACUACCACGAAGGCCUAAGGCCUAA